AUGGAAGACAUGGGAGAAUUCUUGAUUCAAUCAGUGAAAGUGAUUUAUGGUGUUUACACUUCUGUUUCCCAAAAGUCAUUAAUGACAAGUUACAGGAGUGGGUGGCUGCUUGGAUCAGACACCCCUUAAGUACUGAACACAAUCUGACACCCCUGCAGUUAUGGGUUCAAGGUAACUUUGAAAAUGCUUGUUUUCAGCAGUCAGAAGGGCAUGAAAUUAAUUUUUUUUCUGAUAGCCACUUGGCUCCUAAGUUUUUCAAAGUGGUGGCCAAUUCAAAAAAAGUUGGUCGCCAUCUUUUAAGACAAACAAAACCUUUUUUUACACUGUCAGAGUUAUAGAUAGACCCUCCAAACUUAAGUUUAGAAAAAGAUAGCAUGCCACUAAGUGGACAUUAGGAUGGAUGAUAUACAACCCUCAAGCUCACCUAAAUCCAAGAUAGUGUCUUGUUAUUGAUUAAUAUGCAUGUGCUGCGUUUUGGAAGCAAACUUAAUGAGGAAGUUUGCGACAGAUUUAUCUUGGCAAAUCUUUUUAAUUCACUGUAUCUCUAUGUAAGGUUAUGAUGAAGCAUUCUAGUUGCCAAUUUGGCGACUAAAUUGUCAAUGUGAAAAAUUCAGUAGCAUUGGCACCAGUAUUUGGUACAAUUUCAUGCCCUAGUCAGUAAUGACUAUGGUAUUGAUUGGGAGGGUCCAGUUAGUGUUGACAAUGUUUAUGAAGACAGCAUUGAUGUGGCCACCACAAAUUUCCUUCUGAAUCAAGCUCAAAUGAGUGAUCUACAGAGAAUGGUGGAUGAAAGAAGUUACACAGUGCCAUUGGCUAUCCCAUGGCUAAGUGUCAGAUGUUACCUUUUGGUUAAGGACUUUGUAAAAGGUGGUGUCCAAAACAACACUAAGGUACCAUUUAGCUAA